UUGUGUAAACAAUAGUUUGAAUCGGGUACCUCGUGUUUAUUUAAUUAAGAAAUGGUAUUCAGCAUAUUUAUUGUUUAAAUAACGUAAGAUAUGUCGGGUUUCCUAGAUGUCAAAUAUCCCUUUAAGUCGAAUCUCGGCCUAAAUCCUUUUAAGACGUGGAAGAGGCAAUGGUGCAUAUUGAGGCCGAGCCCGACGUGUGCGGGCGGCGGGUCGCUGGCGGUGUACUGCAGCGAGGCGGGGGCGUCGGCUGGGGCGGUGGACUUGCCUCCAGACAGCGUGGUACGGCGGGCGAAGUCCCGUAGUCGCCCGUUCGCUUUUGCCGUGUUUUCGGUGCAGGAGCCGCACAAACCGCGCAUCCUGCUCGCGACACAGACCCUGCAGGAUGCCCAGCUCUGGAUGGACAAGAUCAGAGCCCUCUUAGACGGCAAACAAUUACUGGGCUCCACCCGCGACUCAUUCUCAGUGACCAUCAUGAGCAGCCCGCUGUCCCGCAAGCUGUUGCUCUGCGGCGACGGGCAGCUCACCAUCACCGCCGACGGCGUCGCCAUCGCCCGCUCUCACGCCAUACCUACGCUCAUACCGUGGACAUGUGUUAACGAUGUGACGUGUGAUGAUAAUAGGAUUGUUGUCGGAGUUAAUAGCGGUUUCCAUAAUGGAGGUUCGCUGACGCUGUCGAGCCCGCUGGCUGCAGAAAUAGCGGCAGCACUUAACAGAGACUCCACAGGCCGAGCGAAGAACAAACGGCUGAGUAGGAGCGAGGGUGACCUGCGGGCUACUUCUGACGGAGACUUGGAGGACACUCGACGCAGCAGCUGGUCUACUAGCGGACCGGCGGAGGUGGCGCUCGACGACACUGACCUCGUCAUGAUGAAGGAGACGCCCGCCCAGGUGCAGUUAUCGCGUUGUGUAGCCGCCGGGCACCUGCCGUCGCCGGCGCCGCGGCGCGUGUCGCGGCUGGCGGCCGACGCCAAGGACGACAGCAUGUCCGACCGGCGCUCCCUCCUCUCCGUGGCGUCCGGCAUCUACGAGGAGAUCCCCGACCCCCCCGACCAGCUCUACACCGCCAUGUCGCGGGACACCGUCGACCACCCCGCCGGGACUAGUGACAAGUGCAGUGUGCAGUGUGAGACUAGUGUGGAACGGGUGUUGAGGCUGGAGGAGCCCACGUAUGAGUCGGUGGCCGAGUGUGUGUACGCGACGAUGAGGAGGACUGGGAAGAAAUACCCGCCGCCGUUGCCGCCGAGGUUGCCGUUUGGCACAAUGAAGCUGGGAGAAUCCUGGAACUCUCGCAUCAACACCGGGGACGCCGUGACGCGGCACAGCUCGCUGGGCUCGCUGCCGCGCUGCUGCAGCGUCAGCUCCACCUCCUCCGACUCCAAGACCAAGACCCUGCCCAAAGGGACCCGUCAGGCCUUCAGCGUAUUCCGGAAACGGCUCAAGAGCGACUCCCGCAUCAUGUCGCCAAAAUCAGAAACCGCCAAAGAAAACAAAGACGUCGAAACCAAGAAGAAGAAGUUCGACUUCACCCCCACCCGGGACAUCUUCAAAAACUUCAAAGUCAGCCGGAAGAUGAAAAACUUAAAAAUCGCCCCGGGGACCUUGUCCAAAGUCGGUGAGACCAAAAGCUGUGAGUUUUUGGAUGAAACGGAGCAUGUUACCACCGCUCGCUGCUCAAAAUCAGUCGAAUGUCUCGAACCUGAUCAAUUUGAUGAUUUCGAUGCAGAUUUAUCCUUAGAAUUCAACGAUGACUCUAUAUCCUCGCUCACCUUGCCUCAAGAGAUCAUAGACUUGAUAUUGCGCAGUGAGCAUAUAAAUAAGAUUCGUCUAAAACAUGAGAUGAGUGAGUGCGACUAUAUGCCGAUGUCUCCGAUCUGCCCGCCGGCGCCCAUAGAGCACCAUUACAUCGCCAUGUCGCCGAGCACUAAUCUCGCUUGAAGACUGAUUUGUUAGCCCUGAAUCAACACUUACAAUAUCUUGUAUGACAAUUAUAAGAAAUCAUGACACUGCAGUGUGAUGGUCCUAUUUGUCUGCGUGACAGCGUGAUAAUGACAGUGAGUGUCUGCCUCUUUUAAUCGCAUAGUGUUAAAAAGUGACACUUAAUUUUUCACGUGGAUAAAGACAAGUAAUCCAUUAUACACCGCAGUAUCUUUUGACACUUAUUUAUAAACGGAUUUUUCGUCUAUAACACCAGAUAUUAUAGUCAAGGUAUCCUUAUGUUAUGCUACCUGUUAUAAAAUUAUAUUAAUUAUGAUUUCCGUUUAAAAUUAUUUAUUUUUGUCAUCCUAAAGAAAGACAAUGACAAGUGUCUGUUGAAUGAAGUGUAUGUAGAUGAAAAAUGUAGUUUAUUGGUCAACUAUCUUUAGCAAUGAAGAUUUUGUACAGUGUAUAUAUUGAUUCAGGGUUAAAAUGUAGCCAGACAAAGCUAGUAUGUCUCAGGUACGCUGGCUCAGGUACGUGAUAUUUUUUAACACUUUUACUGUUAGAAUUACGAGGUGGAAGUAUUAGAGUGAUCUCAUUUUAGAGUCAAACGGUGUUGGUAUUAGUCUGACGGUAUGCUGAACAAUCGUAAAUCUUAUACUAAGGAUAUAAGGGUUGCUAUUGCUUAUUAAAGCGUGCCUUCGUUUAUAUAACGACUGUUCGGGCAGCUACUUGAGUUUAGAAUAAACGCGGCCAGUUAGGCUUAAAAUAUUAAUAAUCGUAGAAUAAGGCUGCUUUAUCGUAAUUAAGGAUUCCUAAAGCCGCGGAUUGAACGCAAGCGGCGUGGCGAGCGGCGAAUCAAGGUCGUCCAUAUACAGGGUGCUUCCUGUAACAGGAGCAAUAAAUUAAACUAAAGGCUGUACUCCUCAAACAGACCAACAUUUGUUCAGCAACUUUUAAAAAUU